GGUGCUUUUUAGUGCUCAUGCUUAGUUACACUCUAUGAGCCUGUCCUGCUGACCAGGUCAGUUUAUGCAUGGUAUAACCGAGGAGGGGGCUACUUUGGAGCAGUUUAUUCUGUGCCACAUUUUUAUGUUACAUCUAGUGGCCAUUUGGAGCAGUUGUGGUUUCAAGACUUACUGCUGGAUCUGAUGGAUCCGAUGGAUUUCCUGGACGCUGAUGAACUGCUGCGCUUUUUCCACUGUAAUAAAACCGAAAUGUCAUGCAUGGAGAACCCGCACAUCUUUCUCAACCAGCUCCGGGAUCACAACCUGAUUCCGGAGGACAGUUAUAAGAAAGUGAGUCGUAUGAAGAGCAAAGACAACAUGAAGAAAGGCCUUUAUGACAUUCUGGACUGGUUGGAAAAGGAGCGAUCUGAGCACAUUGAUGUGUUUUGGAGGUGUGUCUUCAAGGAGACCAUCAUGAACCAGUACCCCACCCUGCGAGAGUUGCGCAAAAGCCUCAUGGAUGGAUCCUUCCAUUUUUACACAAAACUGCCUGAGAAGGUGGAACAGGAAGAAACAGAUGAGAGGAAAAGGAAGGGAACUUCAGAGGAUGAAGAGGGAGAAGAGAAGCAAACAAGCUCAGUGAAAAAGAAGAGGAAACAAAAAUGGAGGAGCGGGUGUGAUUUGGAGGAAACGGAUAAGAGGAAAAGGAAAGGAACUUCAGAGGAUGAAGAGGGAGAAGAGAAGCAAACAAGCUCAGUGAAAAAGAAGAGGAAACAAAGAAGGAGGAGCGGGUGUGAUUUGGAGGAGGAGCAGCCCGGCCCAUCUUCUCAGCUAACUCUGAGUCAUAAUAAAAAGCCCAAAAUAGUCUUCUCUUCUCCACUAAAGAAAGGAGAGAAGAGCGAGAUUUGGACCUGGGCCCUUUAUAAGACUCAGCUGCCUGUGACCUGUGGAGUGCAGAAGGGGAUGCUGGACAAAGACAGACUGGCUAAAGGGGAGAAGAGCAUUCUGGUCAACAAACAGUGGUAUACUCCCACUGAAUUUGAGAGACUUGGAGGGAAGGAGACCUGCAAGAACUGGAAGUCGAGCAUCCGAUGUAGCAACACCCCCCUACAAAAACUUAUACAGGAUGGUCACCUGAAAUCAGUGCGCUACAAAGGAGGCUGUAAAAAGUACAAGAAAUGUCUGUUCCCAUCUAAUACGGCCAUCACAGUGACUGAUGGGGAAGAAGAUGAAGAUGAGGAGGAUCAGGAGUCACUAAGCGAGAGAGAAAGUUCCCCAGAUGUCACAGAUGAAGGAGAGACGGAAGAGGAGCCACAAACCAGCAGCGGUCAGAAGGUGUUCAAAGUAACUUGCGGAGAUAAAGUUGGGACAUUGCACAAAAAACGAUUUGCAUCAGGGACUUGUGGGAAGAGUAUUCGUACUGAGACGAGCUGGAUGAACCCAGAGGAGUUCAUGAGGGAGGUUUUGACUGAGAGAGAUGCCUCCUGGAGGAAAGAAGUCCUGUGGGAAGGCAAACCACUCAGUGUCCUGAUAGAGGCAAAAAUCCUGAGGAUCCACUCACUGCUGUGUACUUGCAAACUCUGCAGUCAAAAGCCUGAUGACCUGGAUAAUCAGAGAAACGAUGAUGACUGUUGUAUCUGUAAAACUGAAGACGAAGAAAAGCUGGUGGAGUGUGAUGAAUGCCCUCGCUCCUUCCACCAGAAGUGUCACCUUCCUCAUGUUGAAGACACAAUUUUGGAGGAUGAUGCACCAUGGGUGUGUACAUUCUGUGUAUUCAGAAGGAAUCAACAGUGGCGUUACUCUGAGUUGGAGUAUAAUUUGGAAAGGAAUGCAGUCAUGACCCGUCAAAUAUCCUCACACAUGCUGGAAUGCCAGUAUCUCCUCCUCUCUCUGUACAGUGCUGAUGAGGAACAGGACUUUGCCACAAACCCAAGCCGCUAUUUGGGAAACUACACCACUGUGAUCAAAACUCCAAUGUGGCUGGGCAAUGUAGCAGACAAACUGCAGAGGGACAACUACCAGACUGUUGGAGAAUUUGUGUCCGACGUCGAGCUCAUUUUCACCAACUGUGCCUUGUAUAACAAAGACAAUGCUGAGUUCCUUGCCAUUGGCGUCAGACUGAAGGAGCUAUUUGACGGAGAAUUUAAGAAUGCAUUCAGUAUCCAUGAAGAUGCUGAGUUAUGAACAGUCUUCAGCUUCACAAAUCAGCAAACUGAUACUGGAAAAUUGUAAAUUGUAAAUAUAAAUAGGAGGAGUUGUAGUA